GACAGGGGUGCACACACAUGCUCCCAUGCACGCACGCACUCGCUGCCGCACAUGCAUCGGGUGGAACAGAUCCUCAGUGCUGCACAGUAGUGAGGCAGCGGUGUGUGAUUGAGACAGAGGGGUGGUGAAGACAGAGAGACACAGAGAGAGAAGGAGAGAGAGAGAGAGAGAGAAGGAAAGAGCAUUUACACUCUCUCUCGUCAGCUGAAAGAAAGCACCAGUGUGGAGAAGUUGCAUGAGCGAAUGGUUUCAACUGAGGACUUUUUCUAUCAGAACAUGGAAGCCAAAAAGUGGAGAUAGAAGAAGAAGAAGAAAAAGUGGAGGAGAAGAGGACAAAUUGGAGAGCAGAGUUUCUAAAUCUGAAGGAUUACUGGACUCUUCAUAUAUGAGCUCUUGUCAUGGUGGUGUCCUACGUGAUCGUCUCUUGUUGACAGGAGCCUCCUAUCAGCGUUUUGGAUUUCCCACGGAUCAAACUUUGUUUUCCGAGCGCGGUGUGUGAAUGAAGAGCGCGCAAGCAGGAAACAUGUCAAGCGGACGUUUCAGUCACCUGUUGAGGGGAGUCUGGCUGCUGUGGCUCUGGCAAGCUGUGUUUGUGGUCGGGACGGGGAGUAAACUUUGGGAGGUGCCUGCAGUUUCCUUCAGCUCUUCCUCCAACCUCAGUGAGAGUCUGCAGUGGGAGUCCCACUGUCAGUACCGUCACCUGCAGGACAGAGUGAAAAUCACAGCAGACGUCCCGCCAAGACUGGACGGCACUUGGGUGUCAACAAGAUGUGAAGUUCGUCCUGGUCCAGAGUUUCUCACUCGCUCCUACACCUUCCACUCCAGCCGACACUUCCAGGCCCUGCAGCACUACUACUCCGACAGCGGCUGCGAGGACCCGGCCUACUCCCUGAUGAUCAGAGGGAAGAUUCGCCUGCGCCAGGCCUCCUGGAUCACCCGCGGGGGCACCGAGGCCGAGCACCACCUGAGCAAGGUGGGCAUUGUUGUCCACAGCCUGGCAGCCAAGCAGAGGCUGACCUCCAGGCUGCCCCCGUCCUGCGUGGGUCUGAGCCUGGGUCGAGCUGUGCCGGGAAAGCUGUAUGAGCUGUACAACACCCGCGCAGGGAGGGGAUGUCUGACAGCGCUGGGCUUCUCCAUGAUGGAGAUGGGUCUGGUACGGGUGGAGACGCAGCACCACAGCCACGGAGGGCAGGUCCAGGAGCUGCUCCUGGGGGAUAUCCACACUGACUGGACCCAGAGGACUCAGUACAGGCCCACAGGCUACCAGCAGCCACUGCAGAACGCCAUGCAUCACAACCACCCCUGCUCCGUGUGUGCACUGGUGUACCGCUCCUCAGAGCACCGUCCCCCUGUCCUGCCCCACAGUCCUGCAGUCCCGCUGUCUCUCUCUGGUCGCUGGGUCAGCCAGCGGUGUGAAACCCGGCCCACUGUCCUCUUCCUCACCCGGGACUUCACCUUUGACCCUGACCAGCACGCCUGGGAGGGCAUCUACAGACACUAUUCCGACCCCACCUGCACCCAGCCCACGUUCACCCUGAGAGCCUCAGGCCACUACGCUCAGGGAAACCCCUCGGCCAAACUCUCAGGAGCUUUCGAGUUUGUCUUCAAGGUUACCCAGGUCAGAGUCACAGCCCUGGAUGAGCCCACGGCCAAGCUGCUGAACAGCACAAGGCCAGGAAAGUGUGGUCGGGCAGGAGGGUGGGAGGUCGGGCUGGAGCAGGAUUUGACUCCCACAGACGGGUGCACCGUGCUGGGCAUCAAGCUGCCACAUAAGGAGUACGAGCUCUUCAAGGCAGAGACGGAUCACAGGAAGCACCCGCUGCUGUUCAUUGGCGAGAGGCCAACCGAAGGGUCCAGCCCCGACCGACCUCUGAGGCGAGCCACUUCUUUUCAGGCUCCCAUGGUGCAUUGCACCGGGGGUGGCCUACACCCCUCCCACUCCAAUUUUAAUCACGCAUUUAAGCAAGUACAGUUAGCAGCCAGUGGGAGUGCAAGUCUGGCACAGCUGAUGCUUCUGGUGUUUGGGUGUGCGCUGUGCAGCUGGCUCUGUGUUUAUUAAAGACUAAGCAAACCUGCUACACAGCUGAACUCAGUGAUGGACAUUGUCUUCUGGCAGAUGUCUUUCACUCUCUCUCCAUAUGGUGAUGGGGACCAUAUGACACGUGAGAUGGACAAGAAAAGUUAUGAGACAUUCAGGAGAGCUCAGUAAUUUCUGAAUCUGGCUUCCAGAUGCUGCCACUUUAAUGACUCACUCCUGCUCCUUUUCUACCAAAAGCUAAUCUGUAUAUAAACCACACGUAUAGACAAGUGCCAUCAUUUCAAUAUAUAGUAUAUCCUUUCAAGUGAUGCUUGCUUUUCGUAAUGAUCAAACAGAUGUUCUCACUACAAACAUCAAUUCCUGAGACGUGGAUCAGUUUUUUCCACAUUAAAAUGUAAGCCAUGGACAUUUCAUGGGACUUCAUCAAGAUGCAGUAUAACUAAUGCACUUUGUACAGAAGAUUUCUUUCUUUUUUUAUCAACCUACUGGAAAGAAAACAAGCCUGGAAAGUAGAACACGUAUAAGCAGCUGCCAUCAUCUUCGGUCUAAUGCCACUGUGUUGUUUUGUCUCCAUGCUCUUUUUAUAUCUGAUUUUCAGUCAGCGGUCAAUCUAAACAACUCAAAUGAAUAUUUAUUUUAACCAUUUAUACUUCAUAAGAAGAUUCUUGUCUAAUAUUUUAGUUAGUUUUGUCAUUUAAGAUUUUCUAUGUCUAUUAUUAAAAAUGGCUUUUCAUAACA